GACGAACGGUGUAUUCAAAUCUGCGAAAUAGGUGCGUUGUUAUGUUGAUUGUGGUUGAAACUGUCUUUACAAUCAGACACAGACAAAGCAGCUGUGAGUUUUACCUUCUUGAACAGAAGCUAUUGAAAGGCAUGGUUACUUCCCUGCUGGGGCUACAGCGGCUGAAUGAAAAAAUUCAGCUCAAUUUAUAACUGAAGACCCUGAUUGCGCAGCGUGGUGUCUUCGAGUCUUUCUAGAAAGUGAAAGCGUCCAACUGUGACCUGUUAACGGGAGAAACCUAUUUUAUCCCGGCCCUAGAAACAAAAUAAACAGCUUGUCACGAUGAUUUCAUCAAACGCAAACAACAUAUCCGUGGUUUUGGACCAUGCUGGUUCGGACAGAAAUGAUACUUCUACGCCAACAAAAUGUGCCGCUUUCACUGUUGGACCCAUGGAAAUUUAUAUCACAAUACAUGUUCUCACUCUUUUAGUGUCCUUGGUGGGAAACAUUCUUAUCAUUGCUGCUUAUGUGAGAAUGAAGGAAAAUAUUUUGCUCCCUAUCGCCAACAUGGCUGCAUCUGAUCUGCUGACUGCACUCUUUCUAAUGCCUCGCCUUUUAACAAGAGAGUUCACUCGAUCCAACGUUUUCCUCGUUCGAGGAGGUACAGGUACAUUUCUGUGCAAGAUGUGUACUUUUCUAAGCGACGUAUCGUUGUCUGUGUCGACCCAGAGCGUAUUGCUUAUAGCCACUGAACGAUUCCUUGCUAUUGUUUAUCCACUUCUGUAUAAGAAGGUGUUCACGGUGAAAAGACGCUAUCUCUUCGUCGCUUUAACAUGGAUAGCUUCCAUGGCGAUUCAUUCGCCAUACUUUUACAUUUUCCGUCUGUCUGCCGAUAACACGUGUCAACCCAACUGGGAACCAGCUUUUGAUCAUGAGUCGACGCAGCCACGCUACCUGAUCUUUCUAUUCAUAACAGUUUUGUUUUUACCGCUGCUUUCUAUUUCUGUGCUUUAUGGUAUUAUCCAUGUUAAACUUCAGAGAGAUAAAUUGGCUUCGUCUCGAACUGAGAGAGGGGCUGUAAGACAUCAAGAACGCAGCAGGAAGUUACAAAGGAUGGGAAUAGCUACUAUCAUUGCGUUCUUACUUUGCUGGACGCUUUAUAUUGGAAUAAGUGUUUUCAAACUAUUUUCCCCAAAUAAUCAACAGAAUUGUAAUAUAGGUUUCAGGAUGGUUGAUCAUAUUUCUCGAGUUUUGGUAAGCUGCUAUCCUGCGGUAAAUGCGAGCAUUUGCUUCAUUUUCGUACAGGGCUUUACUCAGCAGCUUAUAGGUAUGUGUAGACGAAAACGCCAACGAUCAGUCACUACUGAAAUAGUACAAGAUUGGUCUGCGGAGAACAACUGCAGUCGCAUAAGAUCUGAAUCAGCGCAAACAUUGAGCUCGUUACUGAUCACGAGAAACGGGAACAAUUGCUCACUCGUUGAUUCCCAUCUAGUCUAAGACCCAUCCUUUCUUUGUCUUAGACUAGUCUAGAAUUGACUGAUAGAAAUGCCCAGUUGAAAACAAGCUAAUUUGCAUACUUAGAUGUGCGACUUUCUGAUGAAAUUUACAUUCUAAUUUCAUCAUGUUAUUGUUUUAAGCGAUCGAGUGCAUGUCUGGUAAACCGAUGUGUUUAUGAAGCACUUUUCCCUCGAGAUAGUUACUCGCAAAUGGUUAAGUAUGCAAUUUUUUAUCAACUUAAUGGGAUUUUGGAAAUAAAAUAUUCACGAAAUGAAA